CACGAAUUGAGUGUAUAGUAGGCUACAUGGAGGGGUAGCAUUUUCAGAAGCGGAACAGUUGGCAGUGGCACGUAAAUGUCGUGAGUAGGCUACGGGUUGUCAGGGAAGUUGGUCGAGACUUAAACGCGCCAGAAACAAUCAGCAAUGAAAACGUCAAAACGUUGUAUCACACGGGUUGCUACGAUUCUCACAGCUGUCAACGCCUGUUGAUAUCGCAUGGCAAUUUAAUUGAACCUUUCCUGAAGCCUGGGGAUUUAGACAAUGUCAAAACGAAGUACUUUAUUUAUAAGGAUUGUGGAGGGCAAAAACUUGCCAAUUAAAGACAUAACUGGAAGCAGUGAUCCAUACUGCAUUGUCAGAAUUGACAAUGAGGCCAUUAUCAGAACAGCAACAAUAUGGAAGACCUUGUCUCCCUUCUGGGGAGAGGAGUACAAUGUUCACCUUCCCCCUUCAUUCCAUACUGUGUCAUUCUAUGUGCUUGAUGAAGAUUCUCUCAGUCGCGACGACGUCAUCGGCAAAGUAUCCAUUAGCAAGGAGGCCCUCGCAGCAAAACCACAAGGUGUAGACGGCUGGCUGAACCUGACGGAGAUUGACCCUGAUGAGGAGGUGCAAGGGGAGAUACAUCUCCACAUAUCUGUGCUCGGGGACGGAGACGUGCCCACAAGACUACGCUGUCAGGUCAUGGAGGCCAGAGAUCUUGCCAAAAAGGACCGUAAUGGGGCCUCCGAUCCUUUUGUCCGUGUCAGAUACAAUGGAAAAACACAUGAGAGUGCGGUGGUGAAGAAGACGCGCUACCCCCGGUGGAACGAGAGCUUUGAGUUUGAGCUGGAGGACGCCACUGCUGACUCCCCCCUCAGCGUGGAGGUCUGGGACUGGGACCUCGUCAGCAGGAACGACUUCCUGGGGAAGGUUCUGUUCAACAUCAGCAGACUCCAGUCUGCCCAGCAGGAGGAAGGAUGGUUUCGGCUGGGGCCAGACAAACCCAAACACAGUCAGCACGAGGGGACGCUGGGCUCUUUGCGACUGCAGCUCCGACUCAGGGAUGAAACGGUUCUGCCCUCCAGCCAUUACCAGCCGCUCACAGAGCUACUGUGCCAGUCUGUGGACUCCCAUGUAAAUGGCAACUGGCCAGACUUGAUCAUGCUCAUCGACGAGACCACCACAGCUGAGAGUCGACAGGAAGUGGCCAACAAUUUGGUCAAGCUCUUCCUGGGUCAGGGGCUGCUGAAGGAGUUCCUGGAUGUUCUCUUUAAACUCGAGCUGGACAAGACCACUGAGCCGAACACAUUAUUUCGGAGCAACUCCUUGGCAUCCAAGUCCAUGGAGUCCUUUUUAAAGGUAGCAGGCAUGCAGUAUUUGCACAGACUCCUGGGCCCCACUAUAAACAGGAUCUUUGAGGAGAGGAAAUAUGUGGAGCUGGACCCCAACAAAGUGGAACUAAGGGAAGCUGGGUGCACAGGGCUUCACCGAACGCAGACUGAGGCUGAUAUUAUCCAGCAGAGCACCACACACCUGCAGUCCUACCUCUCGGAGCUCCUGAACGCCAUCUUGCAGUCAGCCAUGUACUGUCCCCUGGUCCUUUGCCAGGUCUUCAGGCAACUCUACCAGCGCGUGCAAGCUCGCUUCCCAGACCCAGAGUACAGGAAGGUGAAGUUCAUCGCUGUGACGAGCUUCCUGUGUCUGCGCUUCAUCUCGCCGGCCAUCAUGUCGCCGAGGCUCUUCCACCUCCGGGACAAGCACGCCGACGCGCGCACCAGCCGCACCCUCCUCCUCCUGGCCAAGGCCAUUCAGAUGAUUGCGAACCUGGACACUCUGGCCUGCUGCUCCAAAGAGCCGUGGAUGAACCCCCUGCAGCCCACCAUCCAGCACGGCAUUGCCCAGCUGAAGGACUUCAUCACCAGGCUGGUCAGCUGCGAUGAUGCCGAGGACCUUUCAGACCUCCAGGAGCGGAUGAGUCUCCAGUGCGGCACCAUGGAGAAAGAGGGCUACCUGCUGCUGCACCGGACCAAGGACAAGUGCAUGCCCAUGACGUCGCCCUUCAAGAAGUACUUUGUGACGCUCAGCAGAGACACCCUGUCCUACGCAAGGACCCAGCACUCCAAGAAGAGCUCCUUCAUCUCGUUGCCCAAGAUCAAAGCUGUGGAGAAGGUGGAGGAGAAGAGCUUCGGAAGUGCCAAUGUCAUGCAGAUCAUCUCCUCCGAUGACACUGGCCAGCUGGAGACUCUCUACUUGGACUGCAAGAGUGUGAAUGAACUGAAUCACUGGCACUCUGCCUUGAGGAAAGCCUGCAGUCACAACACGGACACGAUGAGCUCUUACCACCCUGGGGUCUACAAGGCAGACAGAUGGAGCUGCUGCCACCAAAAGGACAAAGCUGACACAGGUUGUGACAAAACAAAACACGGAGUCACACUACAAGAAUGGUACGACCCUUUGGAUCCUGAUUUGGAGUCUCAGCUCAUCUACAGGCAUCUGCAUGGGGUUCAACAAGUCAUGAAGGAAAAAUAUUUAGAACUAAAAAAGUUACAUGAAAAUGAAGAAGAGCAACCUGAAAAAGGCCAGAAGAAAACAGAUGGAGUGAUGCGAUUCUUCAGUGCUCUCCAGGACCUACAUAAUUCACAUUUGGCUGUGGAAGAGGAGGAACGCUCAAAGAAUAAGAAUAAUUUCCUUUUAGAGUUACAGACAUAAGAAAGAUCCUACGCUGCAGAGAAUGCAUUUACACACAGGGCAGAUCUCCCCCUAAUCUUCACAAUACUUCUAAAAGGGGCAUGUACUGUAGCUUCAUUUUGAAGGGGCAUUUAGACAUGAUGGUAUUGUGGUUUGGUUGCAGGCAGAGUAAGUUUUUGUCAGUUUUAAUCUGAUGCUAAUAAUGUUACGCUUCAUUCAUCAUCUCCAUGUAAUCACCAAAAGAGUGUUUGAAAUACUAUAUGCAGGAUCCCUUUAAUAGAAGCAGCAUUGUUGGUAUUUGGCGCAUUAAGCAGUAUUUACGAAGGGUGAUGUUUUGUUCAAGUAUAACGACUAAGGUGUAGAGCACAUUAAUAAUAUCCAGUGCAGUCACCGGUUCAAAUUGCCAACUAGAGAAAAGUUUAUUUUUAUAGUUAUGUUAACAGAUGGCAGCUCUUAUGUGCAUUUUUAUUCCAUUGUCACACGAGGCUAAUUCUUUCUAUGGAAGAUGUAGAUGUUAUCAUUUUUACUUGUGUAUAAAUGUGUGUCUCACGUAAUUUUGUGGAUGUCUUAUGUUGUGUUUAGUUUUUGUAUUUCAAUUCGAUUUAAUUGUAUUGUUUGUUAUUUUUAUAUUUAUUGUGCUAAAAGCAUUGACCGAGUAAGCAUUUGAUUCUUUGUUAUACAACAUGUUUGCCAUUAAACACUGAUGUUUACAGAUUGUGGAAGCAAUGGAUAACAGUCAUUUUGUUGUGUUAUUCUGUGUAGAUAAUGUCCGCAGCUUAAGUAUUAUCAUAGUACUGAUGAUGCCAACAACAUGUUGAUGAUGCUUGGACUGACCAGAGACCUUUAAACAUUUUUAAAGAUGUACUCAACCCAUUGUCUUUGUCAUUCUCUGUAUCACGUCUGAUUUCUGUUCUUUUCUAUGUCCAAAUAUCAUAUGUAAAAAGAUUUGUAUUGUGGACUUCUUAAUAGUGAACCGUGUAAGCAUUUUUCUAUCAUUGAUUUGUCACAUGGCUGUAUAAUACUGAAAACAAUAAAAAAAAGUAGUUUGGUC